CAGGAGCGUUGUUGUAGUUAGCUGCUUAGCUAAUUUCAUCCGGGCAGCUUCAUCCUCGCUAUUGAAAGUGCGCUUAGAGCAACAUUUUAUUUUUAAGGCCAACGUGUCGUGUUUCAGUAACACCAACACAGUACUCGUAUGGAGUUGCUUACCGUUUAACGUUAACUAAAGACUAGCCACUCAACUAACGUUCGCUUCAAUAUAGUUACUAGCAAGUUAAGCUAGCAAAUGUGUUUGUCUAUGCACCCCAGUCUAGUUAGCUAGCUCAAGUGCCUAAAUUCGCAGGAAUGAACCAUAAAAGUAAGAAAAGGAUCAAAGAGGCGAAGCGGAGCGCCAGACCUGAGCUGAAGGACUCUUCAGACUGGACGAAACAUGACUAUUGCGAGACUUUCGAUGUGUCACACCGCUCAGUGAAGGACAAUGUUGAGCGUGUGGACACCCUGCGUCUCAGCGCAGAGGAGUUCAUCCAGCGCUUCGAGAGGCCCUACAAACCUGUGGUGCUGCUCAACUGUCAGGACACCUGGCCCGCCCGCGAGAAGUGGACCAUGGAGCGCCUCAAACGUAAGUACCGCAACCAGAAGUUCAAGUGUGGUGAGGACAACGAUGGUUACUCUGUGAAGAUGAAGAUGAAGUACUACGUGGAGUACCUGGAGUCCACACAGGACGACAGCCCACUCUAUAUUUUCGACAGCAGCUACGGCGAGCACGCCAAGCGCCGUAAGCUGCUGGAGGACUACCAGGUGCCCGUUUACUUUAGGGACGACCUCUUCCAGUUCGCCGGGGAGAAGCGCCGGCCUCCUUACAGAUGGUUUGUAAUGGGUCCUGCCCGCUCUGGCACUGGCAUCCACAUUGACCCGCUGGGUACGAGUGCCUGGAAUGCCCUGGUGCAGGGGCACAAGCGCUGGUGCUUGUUCCCCACCCACACGCGGGAGCUGAUCAAGGUGACCCGGGACGGGGGCAACCAGCAGGACGAGGCCAUCACCUGGUUUAACGUGGUGUACCCACGCACCCAGCAGACAACCUGGCCUGCUGAGUUCAGACCCCUGGAGAUUCUGCAGGGACCAGAGACCGUGUUUGUUCCUGGAGGCUGGUGGCAUGUGGUUCUCAACAUGGACACCACCAUCGCUAUCACUCAGAACUUUGCCAGCACCACCAACUUCCCCAUCGUGUGGCAUAAAACUGUGCGGGGCCGGCCCAAACUAUCAAGGAAGUGGUAUCGUAUCCUGAAGCAGGAGAGGCCAGACAUGGCUACCCUGGCAGACAAAGUGGACCUCCAGGAAUCGACUGGCAUCGCCUCUGACAGCUCCAGUGACUCUUCCUCCUCCUCUUCCUCCAGCUCCUCUGACUCAGACUCAGAGGCUGAGUCGGGCUCGGAGGGGGACGCCAUGUCUCACAGGCGGAAGAAGAGGAAGACGUGCGGUAUGAUAUCCAACGGAGACAGCAGCACCAAGGACGACUGUGUCAGCAAAGAGCGCAGCUCCUCCCGGUGACCCCCUCGCUCCGCCCGCCUCGCCAAAAGGCUACACCCAGGGGGACUUUUGCAUGAAGAGCAGCCAAUUUGUUUGUUUUCAUUGGUGUGUCUCCAAAGGAGAGUCUGGUGGCCCUCUGUCAGUCUGUUGGAUAGAUAAGAGGGUCAGCCUACUCCUAGGCUGUGAUAAAGGAGAUUCCCCCUGAGGCGUGGACCUGCUGGAGGUUUAUCUGCCACCGCUCAGCUUCUAGUCAAAUGUUAAUCUAUAUUGCUGUUGCUUGUGGGGUGUGGGAAGAGCAGUAUUUCAGUGCGAGGGAGGGGUGUUGACCUUUGGAGAGAGGUGGGCUGUUGCCUUGUUGUACACCAGGUACUGGGGCUGAGGCAGGGAGCCGGCUGGCCUGUCUCCUCUACAGUGCCAUGGUCUUAUGUUGCUCAGUGGGGAAAAGUUUUCUAUUCACAGUGAGAUGAUGGCUGGAUGGAUAGAUAGGUGUGCUUUGGAUUGACUUCACUUUGCAGUACAUGGGAUGCCAGUUGAGUUUUAUCAUGGCAGAGUUGACCAUCUUUAGAUAUUAAAGUGUACUGUGAGUUUUGUAAGUUGAUAAUGUAUGACAGGGUAAGGGUGGAGGGAAAUCCUGCUGCCUUAGUCUGCAAAAAAGCCACUGAUUUAUAUUUUUUAAUUAACAUUUAUGCUUUCAUCCUCUGGGCUUCUUUUGCUAGUAACAGUUGAACUGAUAUGCAUAUGUAUUGCAAUCAAAAUAGUUCAUUCAGAAUCAGUUAAUUCAAUUAAAUGGUUAGCAAAUUAACAGUCCACAAUCCAGGCAAGACCAUUUAACAGAUUUAAGAAGCAAUGAAAAGAUUGCAUAGUGGCAUUUCUCUUUCAUAUCAGAUUUAUCUGCUGUUGACAUCUGUAGUGCAGACUAAUGCACACAUGUCUAGUGAAACAACAGCUUUUUCAAGACUUAGCCCAAGUCAUCCAGCAACAACUGUAAAGGCCAAGGGAUCCCCACCUGACUUAGAUUUAGCCGGUUCAGCUUGACAUUCAAAAGCUUGACCUUUUAGGAGGAAAUUGCCUAUACUACACUCCCUUAGCUCCAGGUUGGGUAAGAUGAAUCACACUCAGGUGCCACAAUUUAAUGUUGGACUAUCAACAACAAAAUUCCACCCAAGAACCUUUUAUUUAGCUAGGCAAGUCAGUUAAAAACAAAUUCUUAUUUACAAUGACGGCCUACCCUGGCCAAACCCGGACGAUGCUGGGCCAAUUGUUCGCCGCCCUAUGGGACUCCCAAUCAUGGCCAGAUGUGAUACAGCCUGGAUACGAAUCAGGGACUGUAGUGAUGCCUCUUGCACUGAGAUGCAGUGCCUUAGACCGCUGCACCACUCGGGAUUAAUUUAAUUACAUAUGGGUUACUCACACAAUUUUCAAAUUUGUAUGAUAACAAUUGUUAUUGUCUCUCGUAAAAGUGAGCCCUUUGCUGCUAUAUUAAUCAACAUUUUAAGAUGAAUGAAAUCAAACUAUUCAAAUAAUUUGACAUUACACGGCUAUACUGUAGAUCAGGGGCGUCAAUUGAAAAAAUUAUUCCGAUCUCAAUUGACAUGCCUAAAACCAAAUCGAAACUGCGUAGAAAUUAUAGUGGACAUAAUUUAUAGUCUCUAAACUCUGUCCAGCUUGUUGACAGUCAUCGAAAUUAAAACUAAACUGUCGGGGCACAUAGAAAAUGUGAUGGAUAGAGAACUAUUUUUUGCCAAUUUUGCCAGCAAGUAAUAUAACCAAUACAA